GUGCAUUAUUGUAAUAAAGGAAUAAUUAUUUACUUAAGGCUGUUGCUCCUGCUAACCACUUACCAAUCCAAAGAGGGUUAUAUCAGACAAAGAACAUCAUUUGGCAAAACAAUCAAGCAAACUCGGUUGCUUAGAAUUGAUUAAAACUUAGAAAGUCUAUCUCUGCUUCCUUUGUAACUUCUGUUAUAUAGCGCAUUUGUUGAUAUUUGUUGUAUGGAUGAAUUAUAAUAAUCACAUACAUAUUCAAAUACUAAACAAAACUUUCCGAAUUUCCUAUAUGCCGCCAAUUAAACCGCUACAAAUUCAAAUAAAGGGUGUUUAGUUGGGAGAGAAACGAAGAUAAAAUCAAUUGCCUUUUGGCCGUCGAAGUGACAGCGCUGACAGUGGAAAAUCAAUAACGACAACUUGAAAGCAAGUAAAUUGUGAGUGAGCAAACUCACCACCGGAUAUGAGCGAGUGGUGCGAGUAAAUUGACGACUUCAAGCAGAGAGCACUAAAGGACACCAUUCUAUACCUUCAAAUUGUGAGAAUUGUAAAGCUUGAAGCAGACAGUCAUCAGUGAAGUAGCCAGUCAGUCGCAAUACAAAUACAUAUUUACCUAUUCACUCGCAUAUUUUACGGUGCAGUAUUUGUAAAAACACAGUGAAAAUUUGCGUGAAGAAUUAAUCGUGUUUUUAAACAGUAAAACUAUUUUACAGUGCUAAUUAAAUAUAAAUGAAUAAAAGAAACAUUGCAAAAGAUAUCAGUACUAGCUGUGAAAGUCAAUAUAAAAGCGAAGAGGCAAAAUUUAGUCUACAACAACUUUGUCUUGCAUCGAUGGUGAUUGUGGGUGGGGAAGUGCGCUUCGAUUUUUCACCAGAGCUUACAAUAUUCGAUUCACGCAAGCUAUAAUUACAUUUCACAGCAAUUUUGUGACUUCAAAUAAACGACAGAUAAAGCCAACAGUGUUUUUAUUAUCACACCGUGGAGUCUGGGCCAAUUGUGUACAUUCCCAGGUUAUAUCUUUCCAACAAUUUGAUUUGGCUUAUGCGCACUCAAUACCCGUAACAUGCGCUCCCUGGCUGACGAAACCAGGAAAUUAACGUUGAACAACAACAAUAACAACCACAGCGCAUCGACUACCAUAGCGAUUGUCACGCAGUCAAAUAGCUCGAAUAAAAUUUACAAGAUGCAACAGCAAGUCAAUGUGAUGACCAGCGCCACCAUGGGUGUUCAUCAAAAGCAACAUCAACAACAGCAUCAGCAGCAACAAAAGCAACUUAAGCAACAGCAGAACAACAACUCCACAACAAUUAGCCUGCCCAAGGCUUCACAUGCGAAUACAAGUGAAGAGAUUGCCGGCGGCGUACAGGACACUAUCUAUUUGUGCAACUUUCGCGUAUCGGUUGACGGUGAUUGGCUGUGCCUGAAGGAGCUACAAGAUCUUGACAUUGGACAGCAGCAUAGCGGCGGCGGUGGCACCAGUACCAGCGUCUAUGGCGUACAACGCGGCACACAGCUGGGCCAAAAGAACAAACGCUAUUCGGGAAUGUCGAAUGGGUUGGAUGAUAAUGGUAUAUUGACUGUCCGUAACUUGCUGGGUCGUCGUUUUAACGAUGCACCCGAACAUGUGCACAAGACGAACGGUUCGUCAUCGUCGUCGUUGUCGCACUUGCUUACCGCACGACAUGCACAUGCAGAUAAUGGCUUGAUUGGUGUGUUUGGUGUUGGUGGUACUGGUGAAUGGUCCAAUCACCCACGCGAUCCAGCCGAAAUCGAACGCAGCAAUCUCGUAAAUAUUUGCAAACUCGUGGUGAAGGAAUUACUAGAGCAAUCGCUACGUUUCGGACGUAUGUUGGAUUCGGAUCACCUACCACUGCAACACUUUUUCAUUGUCAUAGAGCAUGUACUAGGUCAUGGCUUGCGUCCAAAGAAGGGUCUUUUGGGGCCACGCAAAGAAUUGUGGGAUCUGUUGCAAAGCGUAGAAAACUAUUGUCCCGAGGCGCAGGACAUCACCGCAAGUGUACGUGAUUUGCCCACCGUGCGCACACAUAUUGGACGCGCUCGCGCUUGGCUACGCAUAGCGCUGAUGCAGAAGAAAUUGGCCGAUUAUCUGCAGGCACUUAUCGAACAUCGAGACGAUUCGCUCUACGAAUACUACGAACCGCAUGCGCUUAUGAUGAGCGACGAGAUUGUGGUCAUAAUGGGUAUUUUAGUGGGUCUAAAUGUCAUCGAUUGUAAUUUGUGCGUGAAAGAGGAGGAUUUGGAUUCACAACAGGGAGUAAUCGACUUCUCGCUUUACUUGCGUUCGAGUUCACGCAGUAACGAGAACGACGAAGAGACCAAUCAGUCACUGGAGGCGAAUGGUCAGGGCAACAUGAUUGCCGUGUUGGACCAAAAGAACUAUAUUGAAGAGCUCAAUCGGCACUUAAAUGCCACAGUCGGUAAUCUACAGGCCAAAGUUGAAUCCCUGACAACAACAAAUGCGCUCAUGAAGGAGGAUCUAGCGAUUGCGCGCAAUAGCCUUUUAGCCUUACAAGCCGAAAAUCAGGCACUACGUCAAAAUGCCACCAUUACCAAAGAUGUUCCUACAUCAAACGCGGAAGCCAGUCCAAACAAAUCGUCCGAUCGCGCGAAUAAAGCAGCGAUCGAAACACUCAACGCCGAAUUGAGUGAAGAGAAAAAGAAAAAUGCCGAGCUCGAUAAGGAGUUGAAACUACAAGUAUCCCUGAAGGCCGAAUCCGAUGUCGCAAUGAAAUUGCUUGAGAAGGAUAUACACGAAAAGCAGGAUACAAUCGUGUCGCUGCGACGACAAUUGGAUGAUAUAAAACAAAUUAACUUGGAAAUGUAUCGCAAAUUACAGGAAUGCGAUGCUUCGCUCAAGCAUAAAAGCGAAUUGCUCACAAAGCUGGAGAGUCAAAAGGAAGACAUGGCCAGCACAAUUGCACAGCUGGAGAAGAAAUGGGACAAUGAUAAAAGCAAUUUGGGCGAAAUACUCAAGAAUACCUCACAAACAUUGUCCACACAGGUGAACGCAUCCGAGGAGCGAGCCGCACGCGCCGAAGCUGAGGCGCGUAUAGAACGCGAAUGGCGGCUUUCAUUGCAAGAGAAGGAAGUGAAGCUGAAGGAGAAAAUCAGUUCACUGCAAAAUUGCAUAAAAGAACUCACCGACGAGGCACAACAGAGUGCCAAGCUGCGGGUAGAACUCGACAAAAUGCGCACACAAUGGACGGAGGCACAAACCACACUCGAAGAGUUGGGCAUACAGUUAAGCGUUAGCAAAUUGAAAGUCUCCGAAUUGGAGGAACGCGAAAGAAAGCAGCAGCAAUUGCGUUCGUCCGAUCUGUCGCUGCAGUCACCCUCGGAGGUGGGUAGUGCCGGUAUAUGGGCGCCAGACUCGAUUGCCACACAUUGCACGGCCUGCAAGAAAGAAUUCGGCCUGACGCGUCGAAAACACCAUUGUCGCAGCUGUGGCGACAUCUUCUGUAACACAUGCUCGGAGCACACACUGCCACUACUCAACGACCAGGGGCAGCUGGGAAAGCCGGUGCGUGUUUGCUAUCGUUGCUUUGAGACGCGGAAAUGAUGAUGCUUUCACAAAUUUGCAUUCAUUUAAUUUUGUAUUGUAGCUAAAGGCAUACAAAGCCUUUGUAUUUAAUAUGUAUGUAUGUAAAUGUUCAUGUAUAUGCAUUCUAUAUGUAUUAUCAGUGUGUACAUAUACUAAAUCUAUUUAUCAAUCUUGUAUUUGUGUGUAUUGCCGAGUUAAAGUAAAAUUCUGUGCAAGCUCGCUAUUUGUAAUAGAAAUCGCCAACUAUUUUAAACGUGUACAACUUGUCUAUAUACAUAUGUAUGUAUUUACAGUGACAAAUAUUGUGCGAACCUAUGAAAAUAUUCUAAUUUUUUAGUGUAAUAAGCGGUACGCGCUCGUAUUUUAAAUUGUAUCAAAUAUGCUUGUAUUCAAUGUAUUGAAAUAUUUAUUACUUUUCAUACAAAUAUACCAGUUACAAUUAAAAAAAAUUAUGGAAAGGCAAUUAAUUUCUCUGAAAUUUUAUUCUGAAAACAGUACUAGGUGGAAUAUCAUGCAGUUGUUAAUUAAAGUUAGAAUAGUGUGGUAGGUACGAGAAUGUAGUAAUUUUCAAUCAUAUAUGAGUUUGUCAGCAUUAAAGAUAUUAAUAUUUUAAGCAGACUACUUAAACGCUGUCAAUAUGUUGUUGUUGGUGCUGUUCCACUAAA